ACCCUUAACAUCAUCCACCCACUGACAGACACACUUCACCCCAUUAUUGUGAUGUUCAUCGAGAGAUGGUGAGCGGCAAAGAAUUCCGCAGUACAUUGAAAAAACCGCUGCCCAACAGCAGCAAGAAGCCGACGGACAACAAGAGUUGCCGGGUGGUCCCCGCCUUUACCAUCCAGGCCUUCCAAAAAGGUACCUGCGUGAUCCCCCCACCGAAAUGCAACGCCUUCAAAGAGGUGAUCCCCAAGGGGGCCAAGAAGUUCCGGAUGAACUACAAGAGGGGCAACCUGCCCAUAGCCUUGGAGGCCAAAGGGGGCAAAGUAUCGUGGAAAGCGGAUAUUAGUAAGCUAGACUUCCACUACUAUCUCCCUAUGUUCUUCGAGGGUUUGUGCGAAACUGAGAACCCUUACAAGCUGUUCGCCCAACAGGGGAUUCAUGACAUGUUAUCCCACGGGGGGCCCAAGAUAUUCCCUUGUAUUCCCCAGCUGAUUAUUCCCAUUAAAGAUGCCCUUAAAACGAAGAACAAAGAGGUCAUGUGCACCACUCUCAGGGUGCUGCAGCACCUGGUCAAGUCCGGGGAUAUGAUUGGGGAAGCUUUGGUGCCCUAUUACAGGCAGAUCUUGCCCUCGUUGAAUUUUUUUAAAGAGAAGAACGUAAACUGCGGUGACGAAAUUGACUAUAGCCAAAUGCGGGGAGACAAUUUGGCUGACAUAAUAAACGACACGCUGGAAAUCUUGGAAAGGUACGGAGGCGAGGACGCCUUUAUCAACAUAAAAUACCUGAUACCCACCUACGAGUCUUGUAUGAUGAACUAGCCUAGAUUAAAUUAUAUGAUACACUUAUAUAAAA